AUCGACUUCUUGCGGGGGGAGCCCAGUUCUCUCACCAUGGGCGACUUCUUGGAUGAUGGAUCCCUCAACCAGCUGCCGUCUAAAAUGGUCAAGGCACUGAUGGGCGUCGGCCAGUUCGAGUCCAUGCGCUGGGCGCGGACCCAAGAGGCCGACGUCCAGCGCAAGUCGAUCUGCGGCCUUGACGAGUACUUAGCCGCAGAGGGCAAGCGGCUGCACGGGCCGUGGAAGACGGGAGGUCUCACGGAGCCGCCAAACAUUGAAGAGUUGUUGCGGAAGGAACAGACCUUCGUGGACAACGCCUUCAAAGCCAGGGCAAAGGCGACGGCCGCCCCUCCGCGCGCCCAGAUCGCGGCGAAGCGGGAAGUGGGGCCUCCCGAGACAAGGGGGUUCAGGACGUUGGCUUCCUUCUCGGGGACGCUCGAUAUCGACAGCUCACCUUCCCCCGCGAAGCGGCAGGCUGUGGCGGCGUCUUCGUCGUCUGCUCCCGCCGCCCCAGCCCGCGGCGAGCUUGAGGCCUACCUCUCGCAGACGUCGGGCGCAGAUGGCGUUGGCCCUGACCUGGGUGAGGAGGCGGACGCAGCGGACUUCCUCGGGGCGGGCGUGCGCAGGGCGGGCAAGGGGGCGCCGCGCAAGAGGCCCGCCGCCGCGCCCACCAUGCGGAAGCCGUCCGCAGCCCCCAUGCAGAGGCCGUCCGCGGCCCCCAAGAAGAAGGCGUCCAGCGUGCCCUACUUGCCGCCGGCGGUGCCGGAGGGUGGUCGCUUGGUGUCGACCUCGCACAAGAGCAAACUUUUCUCCGUGGAGAUGCCCUCGUUUGCCGAAGCGGCGGUGAUGAGCGACGCGCACGUGGGCCGUGCUUUGCGCGAGGCUGGGUGCAUCCCGCCCAAGACCGACCGCGCGUGCUGGAGAUGCGGAAACGACAUGGUUGAGCAGGAGAACUGCGACUUCAGAUGCUGGGUCAAAUCGUGCCGUUGCACCAUGAGCGCGUGGGCAUUUACACCGCUGCUGAACACGAGCCCGACGACUGCGGACUACUACAGCUGCAUCUGGGCGACUGGUUGCGGGCUCGACCAGGCGCAGACUCACCGCGUGACUGGCGCGUCCAGGAAGAAGGUCGAGCUGCUCAUGCCGCGCAUCGCGGAGGCCGCUGCGUGGAAGUCUAUGCAAGCUGCCGACAACUUCGAGCAUUCCACUGGCGAGGUGGAGAUGGGCGCGUUCGCUUGCUCGGUCCGCCGCGCUGGCAGCGCCACCCAGAACGUGCACGUGGGCCGCGGGAUCAUGGUUGUGGAUUGCGCGACUGGCACGCGCGUGGUCUUCCCUGCGAAGGGCGCGGCCGUGCAGGAGGGCGCGCCGCCUCCGCCCGUGGGCGCCGAGGACGUCGCCCCUGCCAUGGCAAAGAUUGAUCGGGACGCUAAGCAGUUCGCCAAGACCGAGAAGAUCGGGAUCAAGAGCUCGGGGGCGGCCCUGACCAAGAUGGCCGCCAAGCGCCAUGCGCAGAUGAGGAAGAACGGGAGGAACUCCACGGCCGCCAUGUGCGCCAAGGGCCCCAUGAAGAGCAAGAAGGGCCCCAUGAAGACAGCGAAGAGCUCCGAGGCCGGCAAGCGCACCAAGGGCCCCAUGAAGAGCGCCAAGAGCACGAGGGGCUCCAAUACGUCCUACCUCCUGACGCGGUCCUCGACCAACAUGGCAGAGGCCAAUAUCGGCGUCGCGAAGGGCAGCUUGCACAGGCGCAGCUACCUGGGGAAGCGCAACGAGAGCAUGCGCACGCAGUCCCAGCUCUUCUACGAGAACACGCCUGGCUUGACCCCGAUCCUGAAUGCCAUGGGGGAGUUCACGAAGUUUUUCCUCGAUUCAUGCGACCCGUGGCAACUGCUCGGGAAAGGGAACUGGCAGGUGAUCCACAAGCAGCACUGGCGUGGCGUGUCCGCGUGCGAGGGCCCGAAGACGGCGACCGAGGGUUGGUUCUGCCGCCCUCUGCCUGCCCCCAAGGCGACAGCCGUUCUCCCCGAGGGCGAAUUGGAGCCAUUCCUUGCACUCACCAACGACGUCGGGGAGAACGAGAACCCUCUCGUUCACUACAUCGAUUUCAUCACUGGUUACGCAGGCCCGAUCCCCCCCGAACUGGACGAGGAAUACAAGGCGGCGUGGAAGGACAACGACUACCACCAGCUCCCACCGCCGUUCGGCUUCAAGUCGGCGCCGCCCAGCCACGCGGCCACGCAGAUGUGCAUCUUCGGCGGCCCCAACGGCACGAAUAACACCAUCAAGCAUUGCAUCCUGCCCAACAAGGCGAAGGCUGUCACAUUCGCCAGCAUGGCGUUCGGGGGCGCGAAGAAGCUCGUUCCA